GUAUGCAGUGUAGCGUAAUACGUGUGUUUGUCGUAGAGUAGGGCGAGGGAUCCACUGUUCUGUGGACCCGAUUUAUAACAAAAUGGAGUGUCUUCUUGGAGUAUUUUUAUCCAUGCUGACAUUUGUGAAUUUCUCAAAGUGUUCCAUACCAAGUUUGAGGAAGCAUGAUUCACCAUUCAAGAAAAACACGAUUCUAUUUGGUCGAAAUGUGUCGUGCUCCCCAGACUUCGAGAAAGGCAUGUUUCCAUUCAAAACGUACACAUGUGCAGACAUCAGAGUGGACGGGCUGCGACUAGCCUAUGGAUACUAUGACGGUAUGGGAGUCAGUGAAAGGUGUCAGGAGACUGGCGGGAAGCACGAAUUUGCCGAGCUCUGUCGGAGAUUGCUCUUCCACAUGGAAGGAGACGUCCCGCUACAUUCCGUCUAUGUCCCCAAAGCUUCGUGCGAGAAACUGGCCGAGCCACGAGUCAUACUGACGCGGACGGAAAAGGGAUACAAGUGGAAGGACAUGGGUCACGGCAACGGUUACGUCCUCAAGUUACAGUGCUCCAUUAAGCAGAGGGCUGGCUUGUAACCGCGUGAACCCUGUAACCGUGGCCGCAGUACAUGUAUAAACACCCUACAGUUGUGUCCUCAAGUUACAGUGUUCCAUUAAACAGACGGUGGAAUUGUGACCCUUUGACCUUGUGACCCUGUAACCAUGGCUGCAGUACAUGUAUAAGCAUCCUACAGUUAUCCUCAAGUUACAGUGUUCCAUUAAACAGACGGUGGGUUUGUAACCUUGUGACCCUGUGACCCUAUAACCAUGGCUGCAGUACAUGUAUAAUGAUACAUCCUCCGGUUGCAGUGUUCCUUUAAGCAGACGGCUGGCUUGUGACCUGUAACCAUGGCUGCAGUACAUGUAUGAUACAUCCUCAAGUUGCAGUGUUCCAUUAAGCAGACGGCUGGCUUGUGACCUUGUGACCCUGUAACCACGGUUGCAGUACAUGUAUGAUACAUCCUCCACUUGCAGUGUUCCAUUAAGCAGACGGCUGGCUUUAAUUUUAAAAAGUUCAACAAUAACUGCUAAUCAAUGUUCAAUGGACAAGAAAUAUCGCCAAUCAAUAUUUUCAAAACAAACUGUUCACUGUUGUAACCUUGUGACCCUGUAACCAUGGCUGCAGUAUCUCCAUGUGAAUUAUUUCAUGAUUUCUGGAGAAAGAUGAUGGAUGAAACCGUCCUGUGUGUUAUUAAUGUCUCCGAACAGUGUAGAUGUAUGUAAAAUAGCCUUUCUUGUUGUCCGGUGGAAGUAGCCUAUGUGUAUGUAAAAUAAAUCUUCUUACUAAUGGUA